AGUCUUAGAGUUACAAAUCAUUUCUAUUUUCAGUUUCACUUUAGUCAUAUUUUAUUUGGUCAGCAAAUUCAGAUAAAAUAUUUUUAGACAUUAUAAUUUACAUUACCAUACAGAUUGUUACUAUUUCACUAGAUGAUAAGAUUCGUACUCAGCAGACAUUACAGACAGGGGAGGUAACUACAAAGAUAGAUUGAGACUUAUUAUUAAACCAUAAUAAACUAGACAGGAUGGAAUCACAUGAACAGAACAAAGAUGUAACAACUGACAGUCAGGCUGCUGGUGUCGAGAAAGUCACAGAAGGUCAAGGUCAGACAGAAGAGAAGGUCAAGGUCAUUUACAAAUUCUGUGAUCUGCAACAAAAGUUGGUUAAUGAGUGGAAAAUCCACUUCAAGGACUACAUUCCUGAUAGAGUGCAGGUUUAUAAAGGAGACAUUUUCAAAGAGGGGCCUGCUGCGGAUGCUAUUGUAUCCCCAGCUAACAGUUUUGGGUUUAUGGAUGGAGGAAUAGAUAUGGUUUACAGCAGACAUUUUGGAUGGCAGAUGCAAGAGAGAUUGCAGAAACUGAUCAGAGAGCAGUAUGAUGGAGAACUCUUGGUUGGUAAUGCAGCAAUUAUAACAACAGUGGAGCAUCAUAACAGGAAUGUAGUUGAUUGGUCAAAAUUCAAUGAAGGAAAACCAAUCAAAUACCUGAUUUCAGCUCCAACCAUGCGUGUCCCGAUGGAUGUGUCGGAUACAAGCAAUGCCUAUUUGGCUUUUAGGGCAAUUAUCCUGGCAGUUCAGAAGUUCAAUGCCACACAUAAGGAGGAACCAAUAACAAGUGUUCUUUGUCCAGGACUGGGAACAGCUGUUGGAUUCAUGCCACAUGACAGAUGUGCAUAUCAGAUGUUAAGGGCAUUUGAAACUUUUGAAUUAGGGACAGACACACAGAUUUUGCACCCAGACAAUCUUGCAGUUCCAUUGGUUCAUCAUUAUGAUAUGGCUGAGUUUUGUGGCGAGGAUGUAAAGCGUGGACCACCUAAAGACAAACCAGUUGUGAAAACAACAAGGAACCAAGGAAAGGUCAAACAUGAGGUGAAGGAAAACAAAAAAGAAAGUUCUGAAAAAGUUGUUGAACAAUCAAGAACCAGUCAGGACACAACGUUCAAAGAUAGUCAGAUGACAACUAGAGGUGCUGGUGAUGGAGAAGACAAGGAACCAGUAACAGAAAAUGUGGAGCCAGGACCAGUGAAACAUGAAUCUGUGUAAAUUUAUUAUUUUAUGUUGUAAUGCGAAAACAAACACAAUUUUGGACAUUAUAAUAACAGAAUGUACAAAAUGUACAAUUAAUAUAAUGGGACCAUAUUCAUGGUGUUUUAGCUAUAAAACUGAGUUUUGAUAAAUAUAUUUACUGUUUAGCUCUAAACAACAUUAGUUUGUCUGUAUUCUGGGUCUGUAGUAAUCAGGUUUUGGUGUAAAGUUCAUACACGGCUAAUCAAGCAUAUGAUAUAACAUUAGGAAGCAGUCAUCAGGUGAAAAUAUAUUGCUUAAAACAGGCUGUGUGAUAUAAAGAAAAUGACCUACCUCUGAGGAUUGCUUUAGAAAUAAGUGCUUUUCAUGUUACUCCAGAUAUAUGUUGUCCUUGAUACAAGACCACCAUGUUACAUAAAAGAGAAAGAGAACAUUGUUCUUGAGAUGUAUUCUAUAUGUUAGGUCUUUGUUAAUCAUAUAAUGUAAUUAAAAAAAAAAUUCAGCUUAGAUAUUGGAAAGCUAUAAAUAGUUUAGUAUUUGAUAAAAAAUUUAGCUAACUAUUGUUUCACUGACAGCGUCAAACAAAAUGAUGGAUUUUAUUUAUUUUUCAGUAUUUUUAAAACUGCUUUUUCAUUAUUUAGAAGAUAUAUUAUCCACUUUUCCAACUAGAACAAAUGAAAGUUAUUAUACAUAAGAUCCAUGGUUAGUAAUUCUCUUAAUUCAAACUGCCAUUUCGUUUUCAAUAAUGGCCCAGUUGGAGAAAUUAUUCUAGCAUUUUGAAUGGCUGGACAAUAGCUUUCUUACUUAUGAUUAGGCUUAUUCCUUCCCCAUUUUAGCUGACAAAGUAUACUAGAGCUAUCAUACUCAACCCACAUCCGUUCCUUAUUCCUCGUCCACCCCUUGGUUUAAGAUUUGAUGCACUUUCUCUUUAUCUUUGUAAUUACUUGAUGGAUUUACUUCAGACUUAAAACAUAUAUUCCUCAUCAUCACCCACAACAUAUGUCACAAGUUCUUUAACUCUGGCACCAUUAUUUUAUAAAUCAUGCCCUUUUAACUUUAAAAUUCAGGAUAAAGUUUUUUUAUGCAUUUUCACUCUGUCUUUGUAAUUGCUGAAUGAAUUUCAUUCAGAUUUUAUUAUCACCCUCAUCAUAUGACACUAGGGCUAUGACACUUGCACCAGUACUUCAUGAACUAUGCCCCCUUUUUAGUUAAAGUUUUGUAACUGUUGAUGCACUGUCACUACAUCAUUGUUAUUUCUGAAUGACUUUGAUUCAAACUUGAAAUAGUUGUUUUACAUCAACCCUGUAUCAUAUGACACAUACUGUAUAUAUGGAUUUGAUUCUUAUAAUAUGAUAUAUGGAAAUUACUCUUGCAGAAAUAUUCCAUGAAUUGUGUCCCUUUUAUACUUACUUAAAUGAUUCGAUAUACUUUCACCCUAGCUCAGUUAUUAACUUAAUACAUUUGACUUGGACUCAGACUUAAUCUAUUGUCAAGUAUUGUCGUCCACAUUAGAGUCAUUAAACACCCCAGUGAUAGCUCCAACGUUCUCGGUUGUGCCCUAUUUCACUAUCCAGCAUGGAAAAUUUUGUGCAUGCUGUCUCCUGUGACAGUUCUUGAUAAAACAUUUUGUGAUUUGAAACUGCUGAGACUCUUUACCUUUGUUUAUUAUCUAAAGUUAAAUUGGUCAGUAGCUGUAACUAUUAUCUUGCAUAUUGCCUAAUGUCAGGCCCCCUGUCAUACGAUUAUUGGCACCCAUAUGCGGGGAUCUUGUUAGUCUUCUUCCAGCUGAAAACUAGGUUAAUCGGUCGUUUUGCUGUUUGUCUUACUGUCAGUCUGUUUGCAAAAUCUGUAUUCUGUUAUAACUCGAUAAGAUAUGUUAAGAUAUUCAUGAAUCUUGGUAUGGUUAUAUAGGACCAAAGGAUAUUAUGCAUGCCUUUUCCGGUUGUUGCUACAUUGAAAAAAUCUGGUUGCUGUGACAACCAUUAUUUAAAAAAAAUUGAAACAUGACACAUUGAUAGAAGAUAUUAUAGAGGAUAUGCACAUUAUUUUGUUGUUUUUUCUGCUUAUUUGUGCAUUUGUUUGUCCGCAGACUCUACUAAAUCUUUUAAAGUGCAAGAGAUUUUUUCAUGAAAAGUCUUAAAAACAUGUACAUAAAAGGAAACGUUAAGAUAUGUACAUGAUUUAUUUUGAGUAUUUGCAUUUGUGCUAUAUGUUAAUCAGUCACAAAUGAUAUGGCUGAGAUAACUGUGAAACCUGGUAAAUGUAAAUACACAGAGGAUAUUUUUGCCUUCGUCAAACUGUGUGCAUUUGUUUGUCUGUCAUUCAGUCACAAGUAAAGCCUUAAGGCUGCAAGAUUCGUGUCAUUUGGGUUAUACAUGGUGGUCUAUUUGGAGGACACUUUCUAGGUAUUCAAGUCUUUCUUAUUAGAAAUACAGUUCACUAUUAUUAUCACAUUUGCAAGGUUUUAGUUGUUAUGCAUGUGUAAUAUUGUUUACAGUAAUAGUUUAUAUGUUUAAGUUACCAGUAUAUUUAUGCAUAUUUUAUUUAAUUUAUUUUAUAUACUUUUUAGCCUGUAUAUUCUAAAAUGUGAAAUUUGUAUGUUGAUUUUUAUCUGAUUGAAUAAAUGUAGUAAAGUA